AAAAUGUAACUCCGCUUUAUAGUCAAAGAACGAUGGAGUUAUUAUAUGAAGACUCUGGACAGCCACAAGUAUCAAACACUGCGCAAAACAAAGUCGAAAAAAUUGAGGCACCGCUUUCCACACAUUCUGUGUCUAAACAUCACCUUUUCCAAACAUUUCAAACAUGCCCCCACAGGGCUCUCUCCAACCUUCUAAUGGUGAUCGAGGCCGUCAACGUGUUCGUUCACGCUCGCGUCCUCGUUCCUAUUCCCGCAGUAGAACACGUAGUCGAAGCCCCAGACGUUCACGUACUUCUAAACGGCAUAGACGUCGUUCUUUUUCCCGAAGUUCUUCAAGCCGGAGUCCUUCUAGAAGCAGAGACAGAAGGAGGAGAUCCAAAAGUCCUGUUCGAAGUCGUGAUAGAAGUCGCGGAAGGAGGAGAACCAGUCGAACCCGAUCCUAGUCACGUAUUAGGAGUUUUUAAUUUAAGUCUUAGAACUACAGAAAAAGACUUGCAGACUAUCUUUGAACGUUACGGACGGGUUAAGCAAGUUACUAUUGUCUAUGAUCAUCGGAGCGACCGUUCCCGUGGGUUUGGGUUUGUCUAUAUGAAUUCAGUUGAGGAGGCAUCGAUGGCUAAAGAGAAAACAAACGGAAUGGAAAUUAAUGGUCGAAAUAUGCGUGUAGAUUAUUCUCUAACUCAGAGACCACAUACGCCUACCCCGGGAGAAUAUAUGGGAGAUAGACCUUCGCAAGAAGAACACCUUCACGCUCCAGGAGUCGAAGCUGGUCAAAGGACAGAAGGAGGUCGCGCAGUCGUAGUUAUUCAUAUAGGAGAAGAUCAUAUAGUCGUUCUAGAAAAUCUCGAAGUUAUUCCCGUUGAACUGGUUAGAGAUUGA